CCCUCCCUAGUCUCUACCAAAUCCUUACACAGCGAGGGCACAGGAUCGAAAAUUUCUCGGCGGCGGGGGCGGCGGCGGCGGCGGCGGCAGCUCAGAUCCUGAGCCAAGCCGGGCGGGCUCGCGCAGCAAAGAUGCUGAUCCAUCUCCUCUCCAAUGGCUCCUAACCAUUUCGUCGCCGGUGGCGCAGUUUGAGGCAGAUUAGAUCGGAUUCCUUACCUCCUCCCCACUCUCAGGCUCCCAGAUCAGCUCGCGGCCGUCCUCCUCCACCCCCCACCCCCACUCCCUCUCGUGAUUCCUCGCCUCCUUCCCGACCGGCCGCUUCUGGUUCUCCGAACAGGCCACCCCACCACGGUUCUUCGUUCUUCUGAAUUUUUCCCCCAUGUGGCAGAAGUUUGACAUGGAAAAGAUGAUCCCCGGUCUAAAUUUGCAAUUCCCAUCUCAGGAUCCAGGAAUGGAGAGUAGCAGUGCAAUAUCUCCCCUAGGAGGGCCCUCAAUUGCAGCAUGUGUACCAGCACUAUCAGGUGACAAUAGUGCCAUGGAAUCGGUCAACAGUGUUCAAAAUCAAGAUUUCAGCGAUGCAACGUCAUUUGCAGAAAUUAAUUCCCCAAUGCUUCUCAUUGAUGAAUCCAGUACACCGAAAAAAAAGAAUCAUUCUCUCAAGAGGGUUAUUUGUAUAAACCCCAGUGUGACGAGGAAUUGAAGCCAAAAGUAGGGAUGAUAUUUGAUGACAUUGGCUCGGUGCUGGAAUUUUACAAGACAUAUGCACACAAUGUCGGAUUUGGUGUACGUCUUCGACAACAGAGGGUCGUAGAUAAUGUGCUUCAAUGGAAACGCUUCCUGUGUGCAAAAGAAGGCUUUCGUCCCGAGAAAGGUAUGGUUGUUGUUGAGGCUUCAAAGAAAAGGAGGAAGGUUAAAUUGACUAGAUGUGGAUGUGAAGCUUAUAUAUAUGUCACUCGGGAAAGUAAUGGAAAAUACAAGAUAGCUUCACUCACUGAAUAUCACAAUCACCCUUUUGUGCCACCUAGCCAGCAACACUUGAUUAGAUCCAAUCGUCAAGUUAGUGAAAGAGUGAAGACAACGCUUCACAAUUGCCAGAAAGCUAGCAUUGGCACUGCCUUAGCUUAUAGGCUGCUUAAUGUUGGCGCUGGUGGUUUUCAGCAUGUUGGGUGCACCCAGAAAGACCUACAGAAUCACUACGGUGGACUGAAAAAUAAAAUAAGAAAUUGUGAUGCUCAAAUGUUGGUGGACCAAUUUGGUAGACUGAAGGCUCUGAACCCUGCUUUUUUCUUUGAAUAUGAAGUUGACGAGAUCGGUACAUUGAUUCGUUUAUUCUGGACGGAUGCAUCAAGUAGGAAAAACUAUGGGCAUUUCAGCGAUGUCGUAUCUUUUGAUUCGACAUACAGCACUAACCAAUAUGAAUACACGUUUGCGCCCUUCACUGGAGUAAACCAUCAUAUGCAAAGUGUCUUGUUUGGGGCGGGGUUUCUACUUCAUGAGACAGAAGAAUCCUAUACUUGGUUGUUCAGGUCAUUUCUUAGAGCAAUGGGUGGGGUUGCGCCUAGAGUGAUCAUAACUGAUGAAUGUGUUAAGAUGAAAAAUGCAAUUGGAAAAACUCUACCAAAUACGACACAUCGAUUGUGCAUGUGGCACAUUAUGGAAAAGGUUCCAGGGAAGGUACGUCCGGAGUUGAGGAAUAACCUUGUGUUCUAUGAUAGGCUGAAAUAUUGUGUGUGGAAUUCUGAAACACCUGCUGAAUUUGAGGAUAGAUGGCAGUCUUUCAUCACAGAGUUUCAGUUGGAGGAGCACGAAUGGUUCGCCAAAAGGUAUAGGCUUCGUGCGAUAUGGAUACCAGCUUAUUUCAUGGACAUUCACCUAGCUGGUCUACUCAGGACAACUUCUAUUUCAGAGAGUGCAAAUUCAUUUUUUAAACGUUUCAUCCGUCGCAAGCUUACCUUUGUUGAGUUUUGGCUAAGAUUUGACACUGCUUUGAAAGCUCAAAGGCAAAGUGAGCUAAUGGCUGAUAACACAAGUGAAUACACAACAAGUGAGUUGUUGACAUCAUGGGAAAUAGAGAGACAAGCCAGAGCACUAUUCACACAUGAGGUUUUUGAAUUGUUUCAGGCUCAGGUGCUUGCUGCCAGAGAUGAUUGUGAUGUUCAGCAGACAGAAAAGCGUGAGGGAAUUAAAAUCAUGUUUGUCAGCGAUCAAUACAAGAAGAUUAGAUAAGUGUGUUAUGACACAACAUCCAUGACUGCUAAAUGUUCUUGCAAGCUUUUUGAGUCCAAGGGAAUUGUGUGUCGUCACAUUAUCAGGGUAUUGAGGGGUGCAAAAAUAAAUGAAUUGCCAAGCCUUUAUAUUCUUAAGCGAUGGCAGAAAAUUUGCAAAAGGGACAUUGUCUAUGAUGGGGAAGGGAAUAUUCUUGAAGAAAAUUUAAUAGAUCCAAUUGACAUUACUGUGAAAAGGAAGAUAGUUGCUGUGAGGGAUAAGCUAGAAGAUCUCAUACGGAAUUCCAAACGCUCCAUGGAAGGAAUUGAAUUCCUGCACAAUAGUUUGUGUAGCAUUGAGUUGGGUUUAGCCCAACUAGUUUCGGCCGUACCAUGCAAUACACAAGAAAAUGAGGAGUCGUGUAUUGGGAGCAUCAUUCCAAAGCAUGUUACCAUCCUCACACCUAAGGAUAUCAAUGCAAGGGGCACAUGCUCUAGAAUAAAGGGGCAUAGGAUGGUGUGAGGAGUGGAUCUGGUGAGAAGAGAAGGCCUGGAAUUCAUCAAAAAGUCGCACGCAAAUGCAGCAUUUGUAAGGAAAUGGUGUUUCAUGAUGCAAGAACAUGUUCUAAGAAACAAACGACAAAACAAUAGAGGUAGAUCGAGCUGAUCAAGUGUAUAAGAGCCCAUGGAGGUUGUCAUCUCUUUCCCAGCAGGAAGCUCGAUUGCUAGGAAGCACUAACACGAGGCAAAACAACAGAUAUUUUCGGUCUUGUACCAGCAAGAUGCUUGUUGGGCGAUGAUAAUUUCAGUCUUUACCACUUGGUCUUGCCGGCCAUGUACUAAAAAUGAUCUGUAUGCCUCAUGUACCCAAGUACUCAAAUGCUUGCUGAGCACUGAUAAUUUCAGUCCUUAAUUUGCUCUACUUCCAGUUUGACAUGUAUGCGUGGUUCUACUUGCCUCUUCGUGAUGUGUUCUCAUGUACUGAAAUGCUUGCCGAGCAGCUAUAAUUUCAAUCCUUAGGUUGCUAUAUUUCCAGUUUGACA